AUGGAUUUGUUAAACACAGGUGCAAAAACAAAUACUAAAGAUCACGCGGGCUGGACACCGUUACACGAAGUUGUUCAAAGUGGCCGUUUAGAUAUGGUUAAACUUCUUUUACAGCAUAACACAUUAAUUAAUGUACCAGGGCCCAGCAAUGAGACUCCAUUACAUGAAGCUGUCCGAUACAAGCAUAAAGAUAUAGCAGCGGAACUAGUUAGAAAUGGUGCUAACAUAGAUGCGAGAAAUAACAAGAGUGAAACUCCGCUACAGUUAGCUUCAGAAGAAAUGAAAAUAGUUUUACUUGAGGCUAUGGAAGGCGUACAACAAACACAGGGUAAUAAUGUAACACAUAUAGCUGAUAUGCAGGCUGAACUUGAUUUUGAAGAUAUAAGACUGUACAGUGCAUCAAACUGUCAGAGUAUUGCAAAUAAGUUGAAGUUGUUGGAAAAGAAACAUGUCAAUUUGCAUUUAGAAGCAAAAUUCACUAAAAAAGUGAAUGUCUUAGUAGUAGACACAGAAGAAAACGGUACUUGUGUAUCAAGUGUCGACGUUUUGCAGGGAAUUGUUUAUGAAAUAUGGAUUUUAUCGAGCCAGUGGGUGACAAAAUCGACACAAGAAAGGCUAGAGCCCUUAAAAGAUUACGAAGUUAAAGGUAUCGGGCAUCAUAAUUUGAAUGGGCCUAAAAACGCUAGAUACAAUAAAUACAAGCAACUUCCCGGUUUAUUUGAGGGCUGUCACUUUUACCUGCACAAUUUUGUAACUAAAUAUAAGAUCUCUGAAACUCUGGUUCUAACUAAGCAGAUUUUAACAAAAUUAAUAACAGAUGCUGAUGGCGUUGUUCUGCAUCGGGUUCCAAAUCCAGAGUUGAUUCCGGAUGCUGAGAAGGUAGUUCCCAGUCAUGCCAAGGAAGGCGGGAAGCUAGAAACGUGCUCCCAUUAUAUAAUAUUUAAAGAUAUGUAUAAACCUAUGUAUAAUAUGUCACAUUUUAAGGCUUUGCCCCUCGGUUGGCUUAUAGACUGUAUCGAGAAGUAUGAACUGUGUGAUCCGUAA